GACACUACAGUGAUCAUUACUGAGUGUCUCCUACUUGGCAACAAGAUGGGCUUGGGAGGAAAGAAGUCUGCCAAAGCCUGAAGCCUCCAAGCCAUAAACAACCCCAAAUGGCCUCCCAGGAAGUUGAUAAUGCAGAGCUGGGCACAGCCUUGUCCAGUGGUGCUCCCAGUGGCCAGCCAGAACCAGAGGGUGUGAAUAAUUCUGUUUACCAGCCCAUUGAUGGAUCACAAGAUUAUGAAAAGACAGUACUACAAACCCUUGGGGCCAUCCAGAUCCUAAAUGGAGCCGUGAUUCUGGCUUUGGGUGUUUUUCUGGGUUCCUUGCAAUACUUGACCCACCUUUUCCGGUACUUCUUUUUCUUCACCUUCUACACAGGAUACCCGAUGUGGGGUGCUGUGUUUUUUAUUAGUUCAGGAACCUUGUCCGUUGUAGCAGGGAGAAAACCCACGAGAGUACGGAUGCAAAACAGUUUUGGAAUGAACAUUGCCAGUGCUACAAUUGCACUGGUUGGGAUUGUUUUUCUGUCAAUAAAUUUAGCAGUUAAUAUCCAGUCAAUCAAGAGUUGUCAGUCUUCAAAGUCUCCAGACUUAUGCAUUUACAUGGGCUCCUCAUCAAACGGCCUGGUGUCUCUAAUGCUAAUCCUCACCUUGGUGGAGUUGUGCAUAACCACCUCUGUCUCAACCAUGUGGUGCAAGGCAAACUGCUGCAAUUUGAGAGAGGCGACUUCUUCAACUCCCAGUUCUGUGGAAUCAGCCAUGCCUCCUCAUGAAAGGAAUUCUGAGACCAUGAAAAUUCAACCGUAAAUCUCCAAUGAGUCAGAGAUUCACCCAAGAAUUCAGGAGAAUAUGAGCUCAUAAGACUCAAUCCUUCUUUUAUGGCACCAAUUAUAAGAAACUUGGACAUUUGACUCAAUCCUUUCUGUCCUAACUAUAAAUCCCACUAGUGUGUUCUGGGUAUGGAAGGACAAAUAUAUUUCUAUAGGCAUUCUUGGACUUGUAACCUCUAUGAUCACUACUCCAAAGUUGUUUCCAGAAAGUGGUUCCCUUUAUUCUUAGCCACCGACUCCAUUGCAUUAUGAGGUUUGAGGAAGGAAGGUGAUAGUAUAAUCCCUGUUUCAUGUAUUCUCCCUAAAAUCCAACUUCCAACCACCCAGUGGAAAGGAAAAUGAGCCAGAUUUUUUUUCAUUGCAGAAAAAUGCUUCUUGACUUUAGCUGACAUCAGCAUUACAAAAACCAUCAAAUAAAGAAAUUAUAUUACUAAAUAUCAUCAUCAUUGAGAUAGAUUUUCACUAUCUUUGAGCUGGGAGGGUUUAGUCUAGAGACUUUGUUUUAGUCAGCUUCUGGUGCUCACACAUGCCCUGAUACUGAGAUAAUGGUUUAGAUCCGGGACUUUGAGAGCAAGGUCGAUAUUUCCUCUUCAGAAGGACCUUGAGAAACGUAAAACAGAGAAGUAAAGAACAAGGGCUUUAGAAUCUGACAGAUCUGGGUUCAAAUUCUGACACUGUCACUUACUACCUGUCUGAACGUGGGCAAGUUACUUAAUCUCUCUGACCAUGUUUUCCUUAUCUGUAAAAUAGAUGUAAUAAUAUCAGCUACCUUAUCAGUUGUUAUGCAGGUUAAAUGAAAAUAAGGAAAAUGUAAAAUAGCACAACUACCUGGUAAUGAUGCCACUGUUGAUGUUGGUCUUGCCGCUGCUGGAGAGAGCUGGCAGAAACCUUCGUGCUCCCAUCUCGGCUCCUCCUACGGCCUCCAGCAACUUCAGUGGCCAUCUUUUCAACAUGGA